CGUACUACCUUAAUAAACUAAAAACAAGAAAAACAAGUGCAGUACUUGUAAAGAACAGUGAAGAGAAUGGGAGACAUUGAGAAGAAGAGCAAAAUACUUAUAUUCGGAGGAACCGGAUAUUAUGGUACGUACCAAGUUAAAGCAUGCGUCGCAGCUGCUCAUCCUACUUAUGUUUAUGCUCGACCCGUGAAACCUCAUCAUGAUCCCUCCAAGCUGGACCUUCUCAAAGAAUUUAAGUCCCUCGGGGUUACCAUUUUUGAGGGAGAACUCGAUGAACAUGAGAAGCUUGUUGAGGCGAUUCGCCAGGUUGAUAUUGUUAUUGUGACGCUGGGAAUGCCUCCGAUCAUGGACCAACUCAAAAUAAUAGCAGCCAUGAAAGAGGCGGGUAAUGUGAAGAGAUUCAUUCCCUCCGAAUUUGGAAAUGAGUGUGAUCGAAUUAGUCCACUGCCACCGUAUCAAGCAUGUUGCGACCAGAAGAAGAUCAUCCGAAGAGCCGCUGAAAAAUCUGGAAUACCAUAUACAUUUGUGGUUGCAAACACAUAUGGUGCAUAUUUUGUGAAUUAUCUGCUUCGUCCAUAUGACAAGAAAAGCAACAAAGUUACCAUCUAUGGAACUGGCGAAGCGCGGUUCAGCUGUAACUACGAAAAAGAUAUAGCAGAGUACACAGUGAAAGUCGCGGUGGAUUCCCGAACAGAAAAUGGUUUGAUUAUCUACAGGCUUCCGAAAUGUAUAAUCACCCAGUUGGAUUUGAUUUCAAUGUGGGAGAAGAAAACCGGACGAACUAUGGAAAAGGCCUACGUCUCUGAGAAAAAACUCAUCGGUCUUUCUGAGACCUUGCCUUUUCCGGAUAAUGUACCAAUGGCCAUACUUCACAGCCUUUUCGUAAAAGGCGAGGAGAUGGCUUAUGAUCUGAAAGAGGAUGACUUGGACGUUGUUGAGCUAUACCCGGAGUACAAGUACACAACAGUUGAGGAACUUCUUGAUAUCUUUCUGGUUGAUCCACCUAAGCCUGUUCUGGCUGCUUUCUGAUUACUGAAUUUGUGGAUUUCGAGUUCUAGCGAAAAAUGUAAUAAUGUGUUAUGGGUGUCAAUCCUGAUCAAACCAUAGUCCACAAUGUCUUUCUGCAGAAGAAAUUGCUGAUGAUAUAUCCAAUCACAUGUUUCUCCAAGUUUAAGGAUCUACUGUAUCUUACCAUA